AUGUCGGCCCCUUCCCAAAAAUUCCAAGAAAGUGAAUUACUUCAAUAUACAGCUGAAUUAUACCUGGACGAACGUCCUGAAGAACGCCCUAAAGAAUGCCCUGAUGAACGCCCUGAAGAACACCCUGAAGAGUGCCCUGAAGAGUGUCCUGAAGAGCAUUCUGAAGAACACCCUGAAGAACGCCCUGACGAAUCACGCCCUAAUGAAUCAUCAUCUCAAGG